AAUCUUCGAGGGACAGGGUAUCAAGAUAAUAUAGGAGGGUGUAGACAGAAAGUGCAAAGCCAAAAAGAGAAGAAAUCUUCCCUUACCUCUGUCCUCAUGUAACCUUGAGAGAUGUGAACCAUUCCAAUUUCUUGCCAUUAUAUUAUUAGAGAAGAGGAGUACACAGUUUCCAUCUUUGAAAAUACAGAAAGUAGCAGCUAAAAUCCUGUGGUGCAGUGGUAGAGGCAAAUAUGCUGCUAAGAGAAUCCAUUGAGAAAUCCAAGAGCCUCUUUCACAAAACCCUUCAAAACCUCAAGUCAAUCUUCUCUGGAAGAUACCAGAAGCUAUCCAGAAACCCUCUCUUAAGCUCCUUUUCCUGCAGCUGUAGCAGCUCAAGGAAUCAGCCAACACAUGAAUUUUAUGAUCACUUCUCUGCUGAUCUUGAAAAAUAUAACAAGAGAAAGAAGAACAGCAAAGUUGUAUCCAAAGAGCCAGUCAGUGAAGAAGACAGCAGUCGGGAAAGCUUCAUGCAGUUUACAGAGCAGAGUACAGUGAAGAAGAAAAGUGAAGAGAGAAGAAAGGACGAGAAGAAAUCAAGAGCUUCUCGUUCAUUGAAGAGAGAAGAGAAAUGCAAUGGGAAUAUCAAUGAAGGGCGAACAUUAGCACAAAGGAUGAAAGACCUGGAUAUGAUGGAUGCAGGUGAUAUGGAACAUGUACUGGAUGUAGAGGAGGCACUUCAUUACUAUUCCCGGCUUAAAAGUCCUGUAUACCUUGACAUUGUUGACAAGUUCUUUAUGGAUAUGUACUCAGAGUACUCGCUUCCACAGGCAUCUGCAAGCACCAAUAAUUCAAAAUGGAGACUGAGGUCCAUUAGGUUGUAGGUCCUCAUCUUUGUGACCUCUUCUUCUUUCUUAUAAUGUGUCUGUGUGUGUAUAUAUAUACGUGGAACUUUUUUUCUUGUUUUGGAUCAUUUUCUUUCUCAAUUUUCCUGUGAUCGUGUGCAUUUGUUUGUGUUCUUCCCUUGAUUUCUCUAGCUACUUUUAUUAAUAAAAUUUU